AUGCUCUUUUACCCGAUUGCUCUUCUCGCGUCAUUCGUGGUAUCAAUCCCUCUCGUUUGGCAAUAUCCCUCUGCGUAUCGCCAGGUGAUCAUCCUGCACGUGCGUCCCACGAGCCUGCUGUACGGCGCGGACUGGGGCGCGUGGGAGGCGACGGACGCGGCGAAGGCGGCGGACCGCGAGAUUAAGGAGCGCGCAGAGGAGGAGUUCGACGCGCUGACGCUGGCCAAGGCGCGCGAGCUGGCGGAGCCGCUGAAGGCGGCGGGAAUACCGUUCCGCGUGCACAUCGUGAAGGACCACGACAUGAAGGAACGCAUCUGCCUCGAGGUGGAGCGUUUGGGAGUGAGUGCGUGCAUCAUGGGCAGCCGGGGCUUUGGAGCGCACGGUCGAGCGAGGAAGUCGCGAUUGGGCAGCGUCAGCGACUACUGCGUGCACCAUUGUGACUGUCCGGUGGUGGUCCACGCAACGCCGUCAGCCCUGCCGCGUCGGAGGCCAUGCACGAUUGCUCAAGCCACCACUGCUCUGCACCGUGCCGAACCUGUCUCCACACCUGAGGUGGAGGCGCUACUGGACAGCAUUAAGUGGGACGACAAGGGGCUUGUGGUGGCCAUCGCUCAACAUGCUGACACUGGCGCCAUCCUCAUGCAGGGAUUCGCGAAUCGCGAUGCGGUGUCGGCCACGCUGGCGUCGGACCGCGCCACGUUCUUCAGCCGCUCGCGGCAGUGCCUGUGGACCAAGGGCGAGACCUCAGGGCACUUCAUCAAUGUGCUUGACAUGUUUAUUGACUGCGACAGGGACACGAUCAUCUACCUUGGUAUACCUGAUGGCCCCACUUGCCAUACGGGCACUGAUACAUGCUUCUUCACGAAACUGGACCUGUCCGGUAAUCCAGUAGCUAAGAACAAGUCUGCUUCUAGUGAGGAUGUUGCUUGUGCCCAGAGCACGCUCUUCCAACUAGAGGAAGUCAUUGCGUCCCGUAGACGGCAGAUGGAGCAGGAACAGCAGCAGCAGGAGCAGCAGAAUCCAGGAGAAGCACGAGCGAAACCAUCGUGGACUGCACGUUUGCUUUCAAACCACUCACUGCUGUGCUCCAAAAUCAGGGAGGAGGCUGGUGAGUUGUGCCAGACCUUGGAAGGGAAUGAGGCAGGAGAAAGAGCAGCAUCUGAGAUGGCAGACGUUCUUUACCAUUCUAUGGUUCUGCUAGCCAUCACGGGUGUGAAGAUGGAAGAUGUUGCCUCUCAGCUACGCAGCAGGUUUUCCAUGUCCGGAAUUGACGAGAAAGAAAGUAGGAAAUUAAAGAAGGAACAUUGA